AUGUUUGCUCAAACCGCCAUCCUGCUCUUCACCGCCGGCCUGGCCGCUGCUCUUCCCAGCCCUACCGAGCCCGAGAACGUUGUCGCUGAUCGCGUCCUUGACGCUCCCCUCGCCAAGCGGACCACACACCACGGUAUCGGUACUAUCUUCCUCCAGGAGGGAGGCACUGGGUCUUGCGGCCAGAAGAACCCCGACUCGUCCCACAUCAUUGCCCUUUCCAACUUCUGGAUGAAGAACCAGUCGCCUGGCCCUUUCUGUGGCCGCAAGAUCCAGGUCACCAACACCGGAAGCAGCGACGGUGGUGUCCACGGCAAAGGUAACACCAUCAUUGCUACCGUUGAGGAUACCUGCCCUAGCUGCGAUGAGAACCACCUCGACUUUUCCGAGGGUGCUUGGAACGAGUUGACCAACAACUCGCCCUUCAGCGUCGUCAACAUUGACUGGCACUUUUGCAACGCUAACGGCCAGUGCUAA